AUGGAAAGCUAUAAUAGUUCAAAAGCUGAGGAGUUGAUAAUGAUGGGCUUUGCUUAUCCUGAUGUUGAGCAAGCAAUCAGGAUAUGUGGAAGUGGCUCUGACUCUGCAUUAAACUGACUUCUUUCAAAAGACAGUCAAAGCCAUAAUAAUUAUGACCAAAACACUACAAAUUCUACAAGCCAUGAUAAUAAUUUGCAAUUUCAGAGACCGGCUCAAUACGACUUGAACGCAUUUGAGCCUCUAAAUCCAGAAGAGCGAAGAAGAGUUGAAGGGACCCCAGUGGGAUUGAAAAACAUCGGCAACACUUGCUACUUCAAUUCUCUCAUUCAAACUUAUUUUAUGAUUCCAACAUUUGUCAAAGAAAUCAUGAAAUUUAGGGUGCCUGAAGAAGUGAAAGAAGAAAAUGAAGCCAAAAGCAACAGCUAUAAGCUUCUUUCUCAGCUUCAGAAACUAUUUGCACUAAUGAUAGGAAGCAAUCGCAAGUAUAUUGACCCAACUCCUGUCUUAAGCUCUAUUACAGACGACUUUGGCAAUAAAGUAGAAAUUGGAGGGCAAAGGGAUGUAGGAGAAUUCAAUAUGAUCUUAGUAUCGAGAAUUGCUGAGGCCAUGAGAAGGAGGGAUGAGGUCGAGGGAAUUGAGACAUUCAGAACAAGCACCGGCAUAAUGGUAAGUGUGGAUGGGUCUCUGUCUGAUAUGUUUUAUGGAAAACAGACUGAGGCAAUUCUUUUUAACGAAGAUGACGGAACGAGGAAUACUCAGAAGAAUACUGUGAUUUUUGGACAAAUUAAUCUAGAUGUCGAUUACGGAGAUUUACUUACAGCAUGGGAAUGCUCAAAGAGUGCAAGGAUAGAAAACUUCACAACUCCAUCCGGCACCGAAACCACUGCAACUCAAAGAGUGUGGGUCGAUAAACUGCCUUCAAUUUUGCUAUUCCAAAUCCAAAGAGCAGCUUACGACAAAGAAAAGAAAGAACUUAUGAAAAUCAAUAAGCGAUUUGAUUUCCCUAAAGUUUUAUUUGUAGAUCGGUUUUUAAGCAAGAAUAAAAAGGCAGCCAAGAAGCAGCAUACCGUUUUUAAGAGACUCAGAAAACAGAUAAAAAGUUUAGAAGAAACUAUUGACUCAAUUUCGAAAUACAAGAAUUCUGGCUUGAGUCUGCCAAAUAUAUUGCAGCUUGCAAGCACUUUUGUAAAAGAGGAGUUGCAAGAAGAUGGACCUCAAAAAGAAGGAAUUCUGACCAAAAAUAAAAGUGAUAGCCAAGUUCUAGAAGUUCUCCCCAGUUGGCUUGAGUACUUAGGAAAGCAAUGCCAAGAGUCAAUGGAGCACAAAAAGUAUGAGCUUGAAGGGCUGAAGAAAGAGCUGGAGGAGAAAUUCAACGUGCCAGAACUAAUGAAAACUCCUUACUACCUUCAUUCAAUACUUGUGCACGAAGGAAGUGCUGAAGGGGGACAUUAUUUUACCUUUAUUUAUGAUUCAGAAAAGGACUUAUGGAGAAAAUACAACGAUAUUAAUGUGACAAACAUAUCAGAAGAGGAGGUCUUUGAAAUCAGUUAUGGAGGCAAUGGUAGCAGUUCUGCUUAUUCUUUAGUUUAUAUAGACUCAUCAUUGAAGCCUCAGCCCAAGGAUUCUUUAUAUUGCUCUUAUACAGUCCUCUCUGAUGCCCCAGCAGACGAUGAUUACUCUUCUUAUCUCUCAGCUGAAUUAAUCGAAGAAGUGAAAGUUCACAAUCUCUUAGAAAACGAGAAAUUGGCCGAAUCCAGAGCAACCUUAGCUUUGAAAGAGAUAAAAAAUUGGUAUGAUACGAGAUACACUGCUUGUGAAAGCCAAUAUAUGAGCUAUGACUCUUUGAAAGACAAAUCUUCUGGAAGUAUUCGUCAUGAGCUAAUUAAUUUUUCUGUGUAUUUGAGAAUUAAAGGAGAAAUUCCUCUAUGCAAGUGAUAUAUCCUGGAUUCUUGCCUCCAAGCAAUCUAUCCAGAAAAAGGAUCGCUCAAGGAUUAUGAUAGAAACGACCCUAUAUAUGCAAAAUUGAGCCAGUUCUUCAUUAAAUCAAAUAAGGAUGCUCCCAGCUUUAUUGAAUUGAGUUCUAGCUAUUUGAAAAACCUUGAAAAAUAUAAAAAUCAAUAUAAAAAUAUUAUAAAGCAGGCCUAUGUUGCUGGCUUUGCGCUACAAAGUUUGAUUGAAGGCGAAUAUAUUAAUGCAAUGAAAUCAUUUGUGUAUGAAGCGCAGUUUCCUUCAAACGAAAGGACUUUUUACCAGGAAAUACUCAAGGAUGCUCAAAAAGUAAUGAUCUUGCGAUUACUCUCUCAAAUAAUCAGCGAUUUAGAGUUAGCAGAGCACAGCCGUGCAAUUGAAACAAUGGGCCAUGUUGUGACAAUAACUUGCUUCUCAUUAGAUAAAACUGAUACUCACUACAAGCAAGUUAGAAACAUUAUUGACUCAAUCAAUGAUAACAAAGAUAAAUUCAGAUUAGCUGGCGAAAAUGCUAAAAAAGUGAAAGAGCUUUUGCAGGCAAUCAACUCUGGCUCCGCGAAUUCAACCUUUGAAUGGACAGAUUUUCCACAAGAUUUUCUUAAUAUUUUGGAAUUUCUUGAGAAUUUUGAUGCAUAUGCCUGGAGGGAUGGGUGGGCUAAAAAAGAUAUAGCUUCUAGACUUUUAGAAAACUUGAACUAUUUUAAAAACGAUUUAUUUGAGAAAUGAUACAAAUUGCAUGUUAAACUUACCCAAGGAACUCAAAAACCAUUGAGUUUCAAAGAAUAUAGAGAAAUAGCGAAAUAA